UAUGAGUUAAGGGUAAAGGAGUGACUGGAAGUGCUUAUAUGCAGUGGUGGUUUGUGGAAGAGACGUGUCAGGAGUUACAAGGUUCCACGUCGCAGACGGAUAGUACCUUGUGACUGCUAACGACCAUCAUCGCUUUUUCUAUCUCGGCGAAAACUCAUUUCACAGACUACGCCGUGCCUCAUUUGGGGUCCACACUCGGGAACGAUGGCAAAAGGAAGGAAGACGUCUCUAAAGGCUGCCCUAUCAUCACAACAAUCGAGAUUGAAGAAAAAACAAGACGCUGCUCAUGCCGCUCAGCACGCAGAGCAACAGGGCAAACAUGCAAAAGUCGCACAAGCGAAGGGGAAGGGAAAGGCUGUUCCUAGGGCUCCUACAAUACCAUUCACUGCUACCGACAGAAUUCUCCUCAUUGGAGAAGGGAACUUCUCAUUUGCUCGAGCUUUGACCGUAGAGCCCCCGGCUGCUCUGGAAUACUUGCCUGCCAGAAAUAUCACUGCAACUGCAUACGAUUCCGAAGACGACUGCUAUGCAAAGUAUCCCGAUGCACAUGCCAUUGUGACCGUUCUGCGGCAGAAAGGGGCAGAAGUGAUUUUUGGAGUGGACGCAACUAAGCUAGAGAAGUACCCUGCCCUUCGAGGGCGAAAUUUUGACAAAAUUGUUUGGAACUUCCCUCAUGCUGGCAAAGGUAUCACCGAUCAGGAUAGAAAUAUUCUGUCAAACCAGUUGCUACUACUGGGGUUCCUACGCUCCGCCGCAAGCUUCUUGACUACGGGACCUGUUCCAGUUGUCGUUAAGAAAAAGAAGCCGAAGAGCGGCGAGUCGGAAGAUGAAGGCCAGGAUAGUGCAUCGGAGGCUGGUACUUCAAAUUCUGUCGCACCGAGGGGAUCUAUCCUCAUCACUUUACGAAACGUCACACCUUACACAUUAUGGUCCGUUUUUGAAUUCAUCUUUAUUUCGACGACAAGACUGACGCUCUAUGUAGGGAUUUGCCCAAGCUUGCUAAAAGCCCGCCACCUCCGAAACAAGCAAAUGAGCCUCCGAAUCCUCGAUACAUCCAGCUAAGAUCCUUCGUAUUCGAUCGGAAGGUAUGGAAGGGGUAUGAACAUCGAAUGACUAAAGGUGAACGAGUGCAUGGUCAAGGAACCACAGGGGUAGGUGGUGAAGAUCGCAUGUGGCAAUUCUGUUUGAAAGACUAGCACCCUGUAUCUUCACUGCACUCCUGUUUGUGAGUGUUGUAUAUGCAUUGAGGUCGUACUUUGCCCCUGGUCAGAUAUGUCAGGAGCCUUAAAAUCUAAGAGCUUUGCGGAGCUGCAGGGAGAGAGAGUAUUGUCCGUGAUAUGUACA